AACAUAGUUGAAUAUCAGUGGCCUCAGGCUAGGAAUGCCCCAUGGUACAUACUGCAAGAACACAUCAGCGAAUAUCUAGGUGUUCUCUCAUUCAAGAGGAAAUAUCCAAAUAUAAGUCGUCGACCAGUUGAGUAUCAGGAGAGGCAGUACUUGAUUGACCAGGGUUGUGUUACAGAAGUUCAAUGUGAUCUAGGUCUGACGGUGCUGAAUGCAGAGGAGGUUUUGAAACUCAUGUCAAAAGAUUACCCUGAAAAAUACCAGGCAGCCAUUUUUGUAAGCAAAUUAAUUAAUAAAAUGAUAACUAUUUGGAAACAACACUAUGCAGGAAUAUACAAGAUUCAGCAGGAAAAGAUUGAAGUAACAAAAUUGGAGAACCUCAUGAAGAAGGCCAUCAAAUCAGCUGCUGAAUUCAAUGCAUCACUGUGCAAGGAUAGGAGACAGGCAAGGAGCAUGUACAUUGAUCUUCAGACCAUGGAGUUACACAAGCCACAAAGUCGGAAGGCAGUUGUUAAUUAUUCAUCUGUUAAUUUAUGCGACAGUUACCCCGUGGCCCUCGUGCCUGGACAGUACCAACAUUAUUACAAGAGGUACACUCCUACAGAACUCAACUACUUUCCACUUAACACCGCCUUAUAUGCUCCUCCCAAGAUGAUGCAGAGCAUCUAUGUCGAUCCAAAUCAGCCGGAAAAGGAAGCAUCAGAUGAAGAUGUGGAGCAGGAGGAGGCUGUCGAUGAUCUCACAUCUAGCAACAACAGACCGACUCGAACGAGAACAACAUUGAGCAACAACAAAAAGUUUCAGCCAUUCAGCACAUCAUCCAUCACCAAUGAAGACUCUAAUACCAGCUUUGGUUCGGAGAAGAAAAUUCGGAAAGGUGGUCCUGGAAGAGGCAAAAAGGUGAAUUCUGUGAGAUGUGGCAUGUGCAGUCAGACAACGAAGAACAAGUACAACGAGCCAGAUGAUUUGAUAAAGUGCAACACUUGUAAUGUUUCAAAUCACCCAGGCUGUUUAGGACUAUCAGCUGAGAUGGUGCCGAUGAUUAAGACAUACGACUGGCAGUGUAUGGAGUGCAAGGUCUGCUACCAGUGCACACAACCACAUGACGAGGACAAGAUGAUGUUCUGUGACAACUGUGACCGUGGCUACCACACGUACUGCGUGGGACUGAUCAGCAUACCAGAAGGUAGAUGGGAUUGCGUCAUGUGCACCACCAACAACAACAUCAAUGAAAGUAUCAUCAACAACAACACUAACGACAGCAGCAGCAAUAUUAACUUCACAGAGAAUAGCAACAGUGUGGCCAGCAAUGAUAACAGUAACAUCGGUUUCUCUUUUUUCCAAAAUAACUCCUUCAAAUUUCCCUCGUCAUUUUCACCGACAGCGCAAACUGGUGUUGGGGCAUUGUCCAACAUUUCUCGCCCGUCAUCGCUCAAAUCAAGGUUUCAGUUUUUGUGA